CGAGAUAGUAUUUAAAAUAAGCCAAAAGUAUAAUACAGCUAAUUUUUACUGAGUGUCACGCCCCGCCUUCCUUUUACGGCCGCGCCUGGGAGCGGGAAGUGACGUGUGUCCGGUGUGAUGGCGACGCGGAGGAGCUCUAGGUGAUGACUGCAAGCAGGACAAAUAAACUCAAGAGAUCCAGGCGAUUGGGUACUUGUUAUUUGCAACAAUUUAAGGGUCGGUAUAUCAAGACAGUUGGCAACAGAAAAUGAAAAGUAGUGUGGCACACAUAAAACAUUCUUCUGGUCAUGACAGAAGGGAAAACUAUAAUUCAUAUCAGAGGACCUCCUCUCCAGAAGACAGAUAUGCAGAACAUGAAAGAUCCCCCCGGGACAGAGAUUACUCUGAUUACAGAUCAGACUAUGAGUAUUCAAGAAGAGGACGUUCUUAUGAUAGUGGCAUGGAGUCACGAAGUAGAGAUCGAGAGAAACGCAGAGAGAGAGAAAGAGAUAUGGAUCGGAAAAGGUUCCGGAAAUCCCCAUCUCCUGGAAGAAGGAGCCCAGAGCCAUCCUUAACCCACAGUUCCUCUGCUCAGGAUGAACCUACUUCAAAGAAGAAGAAAGAUGAACUGGAUCCUCUCCUUACUCGCACUGGUGGAGCUUAUAUUCCUCCUGCAAAGCUCCGGAUGAUGCAAGAACAGAUUACAGAUAAAAGCAGCUUAGCAUACCAAAGGAUGAGCUGGGAGGCACUAAAGAAGUCAAUCAAUGGUCUUAUCAACAAAGUCAAUAUUUCUAACAUAGGUAUUAUUAUUCAAGAAAUUCUCCAAGAAAAUAUAGUGAGAGGAAGAGGACUGCUGUCCAGAUCUAUUCUGCAAGCACAGAGUGCUUCUCCAAUUUUCACUCAUGUUUAUGCAGCACUAGUGGCAAUUAUCAAUUCAAAAUUUCCACAAAUUGGAGAGCUAAUCCUCAGAAGGUUAAUUCUUAAUUUUCGGAAAGGCUAUCGAAGAAACGAUAAGCAACUUUGUCUGACGGCUUCAAAAUUUGUGGCUCAUCUUAUUAACCAAAAUGUGGCACAUGAAGUCUUAUGCUUAGAGAUGCUCACUUUGCUUCUGGAAAGACCUACGGAUGACAGUGUUGAAGUAGCUAUUGGUUUUUUGAAAGAAUGUGGACUCAAAUUAACAGAAGUAUCUCCAAAAGGGAUUAAUGCUAUAUUUGAACGCCUUCGAAACAUUCUCCAUGAGUCUGAAAUUGACAAAAGAGUUCAGUAUAUGAUUGAAGUGAUGUUUGCAGUUCGGAAAGAUGGCUUCAAAGAUCACCCUGUGAUCCUAGAAGGGCUUGAUCUAGUAGAAGAGGAUGAUCAGUUCACCCAUAUGCUCCCUCUGGAGGAUGACUAUAAUCCAGAAGAUGUUCUCAAUGUUUUCAAGAUGGAUCCCAAUUUUAUGGAGAAUGAAGAGAAGUACAAAGCCAUUAAAAAAGAAAUUCUUGAUGAAGGAGACAGUGACUCAAACACAGAUCAAGAUGCUGGAAGUAGUGAUGAUGAUGAGGAAGAGGAGGAAGAUGAAGAAGGAGAAGAAGAUGAAGAAGGACAAAAAGUGACUAUUCAUGACAAAACAGAAAUUAAUCUUGUCUCAUUUCGUCGCACAAUUUAUCUUGCUAUUCAGUCAAGUUUAGAUUUUGAAGAAUGUGCUCACAAAUUGCUGAAAAUGGAAUUUCCUGAAAGUCAAACAAAAGAACUCUGCAACAUGAUACUGGAUUGCUGUGCCCAACAAAGGACCUAUGAGAAAUUUUUUGGCUUAUUAGCUGGGCGUUUUUGCAUGCUAAAAAAAGAAUACAUGGAAUCCUUUGAAAGCAUAUUCAAAGAACAGUAUGAUACUAUUCAUCGUUUAGAAACAAACAAAUUGAGGAAUGUUGCCAAGAUGUUUGCUCAUCUUUUAUACACUGAUUCCCUUCCAUGGAGUGUUCUUGAAUGUAUAAAACUGAGUGAGGAAACUACUACAUCAUCCAGUAGAAUUUUUGUGAAAAUAUUUUUUCAGGAAUUAUGUGAAUACAUGGGUCUUCCUAAACUUAAUGCAAGAUUAAAGGAUGAAACUCUACAGCCAUUCUUUGAAGGAUUGCUACCCCGAGACAGUCCAAGAAACACUCGGUUUGCCAUCAACUUUUUUACUUCUAUCGGUCUUGGAGGCUUAACGGAUGAGUUGCGGGAGCAUCUGAAAAAUACACCAAAGGUCAUCGUGGCGCAGAAACCAGAUGUUGAGCAAAAUAAGUCCUCUGCGUCUUCAUCCUCUUCCGCAUCGUCUUCUUCAGAAUCUGCCUCCUCUGACUCGGAUUCUGACAGCAGUGACAGCAGUUCAGAAUCUUCCAGUGAAGAGAGCGAGUCUUCAUCCACCAGUAGUCACAGCUCUGCAGCUAAAAAGUUAAGAAAGAAGGUCCACGGGAAGACCAGACGUAAAGAAGUAGAUAAGUUGAUUAGGAAACAACAAACAAAAGAUAGAAAAGAUGAAGAAAGAAGAUCAGAGCAAAGGCGCCAAGAAUCCAGAGCUGAGAGAGACAGGAGAUCAGAAAAACACAGAGAUCCAAAUAUAAGAGAGACUGACUGGAGAGAUGCCUCUGCAAAAUACACGUCAGACAGAGACAUUCCUUCCGAACGAAGUAGUUACGGAAGGACUGUGAGUGACAGAGACCAAGAAGUGCACGUGGGUUUGGAAAAUAAGCAUGGUGACCCCAAAAAGACGAGAGACGAGAGAAGACACUCGUUUUCUGAAAAUGAGAAGCACAGGUCCCAAAAUAAGGAUAAUGACCAUUUUAGAAGAAAAGAUAGAUCCAAGUCAAGGGAAAAGACUAGCAAGCACUCGGGCUCUAGAAGUGAUGAAAACAGGUAUCAGAAUGGUACUGAAAGGCGGUGGGAAAAAUCUAGCAGCUACUCUGAACAAUCCAGAGAAUCAAAGAAAACUCGGCGAAGAGAAAAGUCCCCAACAAAGCAAAAAUAAUCCUACAAUUAAUACAAACUGAACAUGCCUUACACACCCAUUUGAAACAAAGUAUUUUUUACACUGAUUGACGAACUUUAUAGAGAAUUCUUGUAUAAAGUUCUGGUUUGUAUUUGUACACUUUAAAAAUGUUUUCAUUUAAACUUGUUUUAUAAUUGAUGCAUCACAAAACUGUCAAAUAAAUUUAUUUAAAGGGAAAGGUUUUACCAGCGAGGGAUGUAAACAUUGCUUAUAUUUUGUGAAUAAAAUGAUCAACUGCUCAUUGAAUCAGUGAUUUUUUUUAAAAAUAUGACAAAAUGCUUUUUUCUCAAUUAUGUUUCCAAUUGUUUACAGAACUAGUAUAAUAAAUUAUUUGUGUGCUUUUUAUUUGUAACUGAAGACCAAAUAAACUAACCAAUUCAGCUUAACAUUGUUAACUUUGUUAAUGAGAUGUUAGUUAUAAAAGAACCUGGUUAUUUUUCUGUUUUGUUUUUGUUAUACAAUAGAGGGUAUAUUGCAAGUUUCAUAUUGUAUCUUCAAUGAAAUAUAUGUGGAAUUUUUUUUCAUGAAUGUGGUAGUAAAGCUAGGUAUAUAUGUCAGUCUUUAAAAUGAUGCAGUGUUUAAAAUUAGGAUUUUUCUUAGUUACAGUUCCUUUCUGGACUGCUAGAUAAUGUUUAAUUGAAAUCUUGUGUGAUUAGUGCUUUUUAUCAGCCUUGAAGUUUCAUCACUAUUGGUGAAUUAAUGUGUACUUAAUUUUUAAUUUGGGUUGGUAGGUCAUUGGAAAAGAUAUAGUCAUGAAAAAAAUGUGCACAGCCAUAGUGAGAAUUUGUUCUAAUUUUUUAUAAGAAUUUUAGAGUUUUCAUCACUGUAACUCAACAAGUAAUAUGUGACCAUAAUUAUUAUAUUUGAAAUAAAAUAUUACCUCUGUGAUCUUAAAUUUUCCUGACAGAUACUUAACCUUACUAAAUCAACUUUCUGUGUUUGUUCAUUUUAAAAGUACAUAAAAUAUAUUUUAGUACAGAGUUCGAGACUAGGAAGAUUACUGUCUUAAUAUUUGGCUCUAAAACAUACUCUGACUCAAAUGUGUUCUAUUUUUGUUAUUGUUUAAAAUCUUACAUACAAUUUAUAAUAAUGUCCAUGAAAAUAAGGAAACCUUAUUCCCUCCCAUUGAAAAAUACCAAUAUGGCAGCUUGAAAAAAUCUUACUAGUGUUUAACCCCCAUGGUAGUUAAAAGAUGGCUUCAUUAGACAGGACUAUCAUAAACAGAGCAUUGCACAGAAUUCUAAGUUUAGAAAACUGGAUUUAAAGAACUUAGGCUCUGAGCCCUAAAGGACACUGUUUUAUUUUUGUACUGAACAUUGAUAAAGAUCUUAAAAAUGA